AAGCUCCUCCAGCUUCUCACCCAGCUUCGUCUCCAAUCUAUCGCAGCGUGUACGAAACGCAUCCAACUCUCCUUGAAAGGACUGCUUCGCGUGCUCUAAUUCCUGCUUGUGCUCUUGAGAGACGCGCUCGAGUUCUUCUUCCAUUUCUUCCAGUUCGUCUUCCAUCCUGGCCAUGCGAUCUUCCUGCUCAGACUCCUCGAUUUGGAACUUCACCAAGUUGAAGUCCCUUUGAAGCCGCGCAAGUUGCUCUUUACGGGAGUUCUCCUUCUCCUGGAGAACAAUGCCCUUCUGUUUCUCUAGAUCCAGUGUCGUCUUCAGGAAGUUAAUGCGAUGCGCGACUUGGAUCGCAUCGCAACCUGCUUGCCAGUCCUCGCGUUCCUUGGCCCAAGUCUGUUGGAUCUUCUGAACAGCGUCUUUGGAACGUGCCUGUUCAGAAACUACCGCCGCCUUGUGUUUCUCAACGGCACGCUCCAGUCCACGAAUUCUUACAAGAAGCUCUUCGACCUGAUACUGGGGCUUCGCAUCUACAGCAGGUUUUGGAGGUGCAACCGAGAUGCGGCGUGAGGGUGUCGGAGCCCGCAGCGACAUUUUGGUGACUGAAGCUAUAAUGACGAUAGGAUGUAUAAUGUUAUACUGGUCUUAGAACAACCGCAGUUCCUCUCUUUCAACCUUUCGAGGCAUUAGAGUACGAGAAACUAGCGAAAGACAGUGAAGGCUAUGAGCAAGGCGGGAGGAGGCCACUAAGGAUAUCUGCGGUCCGGGGAACCCGAUCAAAGCGAUCGCUAACAACUUGAAAUUGUUCACGGUUUCAGACAGAACUCUUCGGUGUUUAUCGUUCUGAACGCAAUGCGUCCUCAUACCGGUCCUUCUUUACCCCAAUCUCUUCUGGAGGAGAUAGAAUCUACUACAGGCGAAGGACGCGGAGGACGGCAGAAGAAUGGUCGGCAUAAAGGUCAAUUGCCUCGAAAAGAAGCCCGGAGACAAGAACGCGAGGGUCGUAGACAGAGGAAGGCAGAAUACUUCACAGGCCGUGCUCAAAACGUCAAACGUCCUGCCGAGGACGAGCAUGUUGAAUCGCCUCGUCGCAAGAAGCAGCGACUCGACACUUCAGCGAGCUCCAACGGGGCUCAAAAUGGCAAACAGCAGAAAGCCCCUUUCGUCACGGUCGCAGCACCUGAACCCCUACCUAAGAAGGCCGAGUUGAAAGGUCAUUCCAAGAAACCAAAGCCGAAGACUGCGUUAGAAAGACUAGCGGAACGUUCUAGCUCCGGUGUAGCUGCACCCCUUGAAUCGAAGUCAAAAUCGAAGGCGCAACGGAGCACACUACCUCGGUCACGGCAGGAACAAGAAGAAGACGCAUAUAUCGCCCACUUGGAGGCUAAGCUUGGCUGGAAUAAAGGCGGCAAGCGAACAGGAAAAUAUGGCAAGGACUUAGAGGAUGACGGGUUGGACGAGCUUCUACAUGACCUCGAUCAAAUCGAGACUUCCGCCUUCUUUGGUGCAUUGGCUGAGUACGAUGAAGAUAAGGUGGAAGGAUCUGGCGGCGAGUCAGACGAAGAUAUAUCUGAAAUAGACAACUCUGACGAGGCGGAGGAUGACACUGACCAGGGAAGCGAAGAGGAAGUCACAGAUGGCGAAGAGGAAUGGGGUGGCAUCAUUGGUGGCGAAAGCGAGUCAGAAGGAGAGAGCGAGGAGGACAGAAAAGAUGCAGACGAGAUUGACGGACAACCAACCAGAGCGAUUGAAUCGACUGCAGCUUCAAAAUAUAUUCCACCACAUCUUCGCAAUCGUCCGGCCGAGUCUCCCGAAGACUCUGAGGCCAAGUUGAAACUUAUGCGCCAGAUCAAGGGUCAACUCAAUCGGAUGAGUGAGCAGAACAUUGGUACCAUCAUUGAUGCCAUAGAGGAGAUUUAUCGAAAUCACAGACGACAUGAUGCUACUUCGACGAUUACCACCCUUAUCAUUGAUGGAAUUUCUGCACAUUCAAUCUUGUUGGACUCAUACGUCGUUUUGCAUGCCGCGUUUGUGUCUGCAUUGCACAAACUUGUUGGUGUCGAAUUUGCGGCAUACUUCGUUCAGAAUGUAGUGUCGUCGUACGAGCAUCAUUUCGCAGCAUUGCAGAAUCAAGCCCAGGACCAGCCUUCAACCAGUCAGCCCGAAGCUUCUUCUGGUGCGGAUCCGGCGCACCAAGCUACAGAGGUGCAAGGAAAGGAGACUUCUAAUCUCAUUGUGCUUCUCUCCGAGUUGUACAACUUCCAAGUGAUUUCGUGUAUCUUGAUAUACGAUGUCAUUCGUGGGUUGCUGGAAGGCGACCUCACUGAAUUCAAAGUUGAGCUCGUACUCAAGAUCGCCCGCAACUCUGGUCAACAAUUGCGAACGGAUGAUCCCUCUGCACUCAAAGAUAUCAUUCAAAUUGUACACUCCAAGCUGCCCGAAGACAAGAAUUCCCUCAGCAGUCGUACCAGGUUCAUGGUGGAAACACUCGGCAACCUGAAGAACAACAAGGUCAAACGAACGGCUGCUGGGCAACAAGCCGGGAACGAAGCCGUCGAGAGGAUGAAAAAAUUCCUUUCAGGGUUGAUCAAGAAACGACAGGUGAAAACACACGAGCCACUUCGCGUGGGUUUGGAUGACCUCCAUUCUGCCGAAAGCAGGGGGAAGUGGUGGCUAGUAGGUGCCGCUUGGGGAGGUGACCCUCUAGCCGACCGACAGGAGAGUAACCAAGCGAACACCGCUGAAAGCCACUCCAAUAGUGCCGAUGCCACUAGCCAGAAUACUCUGUUAAAACUAGCGAGAAAGCAAGGCAUGAACACCGAUAUUCGGAGGAGCAUCUUCAUCGUUCUGAUGAGCAGCGAGGAUUACGUUCAUGCUUGUGAACGAUUAUCACAGCUGAAGCUCACUGAGGUCCAACAGCGAGAGAUCAUUCGCGUGAUCCUGCACUGUUGUGGCAACGAGAAGGUCUACAAUCCGUACUACACUCUAAUCGGGCAACAACUAUGUCGCCUCUCACAUAGUCACAAGUUCACAUUGCAAUAUUGCCUGUGGGACUUCCUACGGGAUCUCGGCGAAGUCAACGUCGGAGGCGCAGAGAUUAUCAAGAACCUGAAAGACGAUGUCGCAGGAUUUGAUGUGAAGAAAAUCUCCAGUACCAGGAUGGCGAAUAUAUCGCGGGCUUACGGCUGGUGGAUCGCCAAGGAUUGUAUCACACUGGCUGUAUUGAAGCCCGUUGAUUUUACCAUCCUCAAAUCACAAUCCAGAAAAUUCCUCGUGCAGUUGCUCGUUCAUGUCUUUAUCAGCUCGCAACUCUCCUCGCCGCUCAUAUCAUCGGAUCCAAAGGACAUACCUAGGACACGGAACCGAGGUCCGUUGGAGGAAAUCUUCAUCAAAGCGACGCGAAUCCAAACGCUGGCUCUGGGACUAGUUUACUUCCUUGGCCAAGUGGUCAAACACGAAGUUGACCAGAUUGACGAUGCCGGUUUUUUGAGUUGGGCUAGUAAAGUAGCGCUGGAUACCCUUCGGACGGGGAUGGAUGUUGUUCCUACUUUGUAAGUUUGUGUAGGCAUUGGAACACAUUUGCUUGCAAGUCCCAAGUUGCGCAGCUCAGUACGACGACCAUAAAUAUAAUCG